AUGCUUACUGGACACAGGGUCCAGCUGAAUGUUGCGAACUGCCAACACCUCGCUGCGGUCCCUGGACAAAUCGUUGCGGUGGGGGUGGUUGGACGCAGUGGCAUGACGGGCAACACCUUCCACGCGCACGAGUUCAGCAAGAAGAAGGAGCUGGAUUUCGCAGCUCUGGAAUCGGUUCUAGCCGAAGUCGCUGCUUCCAGUGAGCGGCCCGAAGUGGAAGCCUCAAUGUUUUCGGUUUGGUUUUGCGAUAAAAAGAAAGCCGGAGAGGAACUUGAAGCUGUGGAUGAGGAUGUUGUCCUGGAGGAGUCCGGUACGGCUGUGAGUUCCGGGCCGCGGGAACGUUCCCAACGGGGCAGCGAACGAAAGUCGCUGGCGGCGAAGCGCAACCUCUUCCAGUCGCGGCACGGACUUCAACAGGCUGGCACUGGCGUAUUGUCCCUCUUUGACUUCCGGAACUUAUUGCAGUGGAGAGUUUCCAGACAAGGCGCCGUGCCUCGUUACACGGUCGGUGAUCUUGAGAGUAAGAUCUACGACAAUGUCCAUCAUCAUGAUGAGGGCGAGCUGUUGCUUCCCCUGAAGAUCUUGUCGCGCGAUGUGACCGGGGAGGUCGAGGGAGCAAGUUGUGGGAUUUUGACCUUCACCGAUUGGAAGGCCAAAUUGGCUGCGCAGGCAUGUUUGUUGGUGGCGCUGGUAUCUUCCAUCAUCUCCCCCGUCACCUUCAUGUGGGGUGGAAGUUGGGCAGAUCCUGAGUGGGUUCCUGGUGGCAGGGGGUUGAUGAUCGUUGAUUUGCUGUGCGAUCUGGGAUACCUGUCCUAUUUGCUCCUGGAACUGAAGAUGUCCUUUCUGCAUCCCUCACGGAAGGUGGAAGUCACUGACCCCUCCAAGAUCCGAAUGUAUAGGAUGACCAACCUGAUGUAUUUGGUGAAGCUCUUCAGUGUUACCAGCUACCUUUGGAUCAUUUCCUUUAACGCCAGCCUCCUGCUGAACCUCUCCAAAAUCGUCCGCCUGUACCAUUUCGUGCGUUUGCCCGAUGCGAUGUGGCUGGUCUGGGACAACGGCCUCAUCAGAACCAUGAGGCCAGUGUUUUUGUUGAUUUGGUUGGCACACUGGGUAGGAUGUCUGCUGGCCUGGGGCGGAGGUUACCGAGAGGCCUUAUGGAACGCAGGCAGUGGAGCAUCCUUCGAAACAACUUUGAACGGCCACGUGAUCCCUGGUGAAUUCUCGUUGUACUUCAUGGCGUUUGUUGAGGCAUUGUACAUGUUGACUGGAGCCCUUGACAAUCCGCUUGGAGAUGGAGGGUACAGAGAGAAGAAUUUUGGAAGUUUGAUCAUGGUGGCAAUCUUUGGUCCGGUCGGCUGCAUCAUCGUGGCGCAGAUCAUUGCCACCGUGGUUCGGGAGCAGGAGCGCAAGCAUGCGCUGGAUAUCCGGCAUGAAGAGAACCAGGCCUUCGUGAAACGGGCCUUGGAAAACUUGAACGUUCCUAUUGAGCUCCAGAGACGUGUCUUCAGUCUGCACUACUUCCAGAAAAUGAGCCACGACUAUGAGGCCUUUGAGCAUCUCUUCAAGAAUCACACCUUGUCAUCUCCUUUGGAAGAUGCCAUUCGUGUGUACUUGUACCAGUCAGUUCUCACCUCCGGUUUCUUCAGCAAUAAGGAACACAGCUACAUUCUGGCCGUAGUCCGUGUCUUGGAAGACAAAGCCUUCCUUCCGGGGGACUAUGUGGUCCGCGUUGGGGAGGUGGCUGAUGAGAUGUACUUCAUCAGCAAGGGCGAAGUAUCUGUGCUGGUGUCCAACGGGAAGUCCAAGGAGGUGGAGGAUGCCAUCACACUGCCCAUCAGGAAGCGAAAGGGGGAUCACUUUGGAGAAGUCGCCUUGAUUAAGGGAAGCUUACGCACUGCUUGGGUGAAAGCCGAGACCUACGUCGUGGCGUUGGGAGCGCCCAAAAGAGUCUUGUUUGAAACGCAGUAG